AUGCUGUCGACUGCUGCUUUCCUUGCUCUGGUACUGCCGGCCUAUGGUGCUGUGCAUGAGUCGCUGGCCGCUCUGCCAGCUGGAUGGACGGAGUCGUCUACGAGCCUCGCAGGUAGCUCUGAGCUGCAGAUGCAGGUUGCCUUGCAAUACCAAAACCUAGAUCAACUGGAGUCAAAGCUCAAGUCAGUCUCAACACCUGGAAGCUCAAGCUACGGCCAGUAUCUCGACCUCGACGAUUUGAACUCCGUCUUUGCGGCAACGAGCGAGUCAGAGAGCAAAGUGAAGUCAUGGCUGAGUCAGUCCGGCGCCUCCAACAUCGCCAGCGACGGCAGCAUGGUGUCCUUCACCACUAGCGUUGACAACGCGAACAAGAUGCUGGACACCAAGUUCAAGCUCUACUCGAAUGGCCAGACGCACAAGGUCGGCACCAUGGCCUACUCCGUUCCAGACGAGCUCAGCGACCACAUCGACCUCGUGUCUCCUACGACCUACUUCGGCAGCAUGAAAGCCCAUAGAGCUGUUCCCGACAUUACUCCCUCAAGGACCGAGCAGAGCCCUGCGGACCGCAAACGGCAGGUGUCUCCUUCAUGUGAGACAACCAUCACCAUCGGCUCCGGCAACGUCACCAGGGACUUCACCGUCCUAGGACCAGACUGCUUCAAGCAACUCUACAAUGUCGGCAACUACCAGGCCCAUCCCAACUCUGGCAGCACAGUCGCAUUCGGCAGCUUCCUAAACCAAUCCGCCAGCUUCUCGGACCUUGCCAAGUUCGAGAAGAUCUACAACAUCGAGUCUCAAAGCUUCACCGUAACCCUCAUCAACGGCGGCGUAAACGACCAAGACCCGCUCACCGAAUCCGACGGCGAAGCCAACCUCGACGUCCAAAACAUCAUCGGCCUCGCUCACGGCCUGCCAGUCACCGAAUACAUCACCGGCGGCAGCCCGCCAUUCAGAGGCGACCUCCUGAGCAAGAUCUCUGAACCGCACAACCAAAACGAGCCGUACCUGGACUACUACAACUACCUCCUCUCCCAACCCAACAGCGCCCUUCCCUACGUCAUCUCCAACUCCUACGGCGACCACGAAGACACCGUGCCCGAACGCUACGCCACCCGCGUCUGCAACCAGAUCGGCAUGAUGGGUUUGCGCGGGCGUACCAUCCUCGAGAGCAGCGGUGACGAGGGCGUGGGAGCAGUUUGCCGCUCCAACUCUGGCUCCAAAGCGCCGCAGUUCACGCCGCAGUUCCCUGGAACGUGCCCGUACGUCACGGCAGUGGGAGGAACGCAGUUCCUCGACCCAGAAGAAGCAUGGAACGCCAGUUCGGGGGGUUUCAGUUUCUACUUCGACCGCCCCUGGUACCAGAACGCUGCAGUCCAAACGUAUCUUAACCAAGAAAUCAGCGCCGAGACGAAGAAGUACUACCGCUCAAAUGGCUACGUCGACUUCAACGGCCGCGGCUUCCCGGACAUCUCGGCGCACAGCUUAUACCCUGACUAUCUCACCGUCAUCAACGGCACAGCCCAACCGAACGGCGGAACCUCCGCCGCGGCGCCCAUCGUCGCAGCCAUCUUCGCCCUGCUCAACGAUGCACGUUUCCGCGCUGGAAAGCCAGCGAUGGGAUUCAUCAACCCCUGGCUCUACAACUCCGCCGCUGGCAAGGCUUUGACGGAUAUCACGACCGGUGCGGCGCUGGGUUGUGCAGGGACGGAUUUGCAGAAUGGGCUCAAGAUUCCUGGGGCGGGUAUUAUUCCUUUCGCGACGUGGAAUGCUACUGUGGGAUGGGAUCCUGUGACUGGGCUAGGAACGCCUGACUUCCAGGCGUUGAAGGCGCUUGCGCUGGGGAUGUAG